CCUCCAAAACAGUUCGACACCAACUGCCCAAAACAUAGAAGAAAAGGAGCACCACCAUUUCAGUUGAAAUAGUUUAGUUAUUGAGCUAGGACUAUGUCACCUGCUCUAUCUCUUUCUGUGUCCCACCUCCCUAUCUGCAAAUACCAGGACAUUUCAAAGGACACCCACCUCCCCAAAAGCACCAAUAGAGAAAUCCCAUGUUUGAAAACACCGUCAAAAAUCAAAGUCAGUAGGAGAAAGCUGCUGAGUUCCACCGCUUUAGGACUCGUAGGAGGAGGGUUGUCUGUUUCUCAGCCUGCAAGAGCCGAGCCAGAGAGCCCAGUUGAAUCCACCUCAAGUAGAAUGUCAUACUCAAGAUUUUUACAGUACUUGGAUGAAGGUGCUGUUAAGAAGGUGGACCUGUUUGAGAACGGAACUGUUGCGAUUGCCGAGAUCUUCAAUCCUGCACUGGAAAGGAUCCAGAGGGUGAAAAUACAGCUACCUGGAUUACCACAAGAAUUGCUGAGGAAGCUUAAAGACAAGAACGUAGAUUUUGCUGCUCAUCCCAUGGAAAUCAACAUGACAGCCGCAGUUCUUGACUUGUUGGGGAAUUUAGCUCUUCCAUUGCUUCUGCUUGGGAGUUUAUUGUUGAGAACAUCAUCAACAAAUACUCCAGGAGGCCCCAACUUGCCGUUUGGACUUGGAAGGAGCAAAGCCAAAUUCCAGAUGGAACCCAACACUGGAGUAACAUUCAACGAUGUGGCUGGAGUUGAUGAAGCAAAGCAGGAUUUUCAAGAGAUUGUGGAGUUCUUAAAAACCCCGGAAAAGUUUGCUGCAGUUGGUGCAAGAAUUCCCAAAGGAGUUCUCCUAGUAGGGCCACCAGGGACUGGGAAGACAUUGCUGGCUAAGGCAAUUGCAGGAGAAGCAGGGGUCCCUUUCUUUUCUCUGUCAGGGUCAGAAUUCAUUGAGAUGUUUGUUGGGAUAGGGGCUUCAAGAGUGAGGGACCUGUUCAACAAGGCAAAAGAAAACUCCCCAUGUUUAGUCUUUAUUGAUGAGAUAGACGCUGUUGGAAGGCAGAGAGGAACUGGCAUUGGUGGGGGGAAUGAUGAGAGGGAGCAAACACUGAACCAGUUGCUUACAGAAAUGGAUGGAUUUAGUGGGAACAGUGGAGUGAUUGUCAUUGCUGCCACCAAUCGACCUGAAAUUCUUGAUUCAGCUUUGCUGAGGCCAGGAAGGUUUGACAGACAGGUUACUGUUGGACUACCAGAUAUAAGAGGGAGGGAGGAAAUAUUAAAGGUGCAUAGCAACAACAAGAAGCUUGACAAGGAUGUCUCUCUUAGCAUUAUAGCCAUGAGAACUCCAGGAUUCAGUGGUGCAGACCUGGCUAACCUUAUGAAUGAAGCUGCCAUUCUUGCUGGUCGGAGGGGCAAGGACAAGAUCACACUGAAAGAAAUUGAUGACUCAAUUGAUCGAAUCGUGGCAGGAAUGGAGGGAACUAAGAUGACAGAUGGAAAGAGCAAAAUUCUAGUCGCUUACCAUGAAAUUGGCCAUGCUGUUUGCGCGACAUUGACUCCAGGCCAUGACCCAGUACAGAAAGUCACUCUAAUCCCCAGGGGCCAAGCCCGGGGCCUUACAUGGUUCAUACCUGGAGAAGAUCCUACUCUCAUUUCCAAGCAGCAACUGUUUGCCAGAAUAGUUGGAGGCCUUGGAGGCCGGGCAGCAGAGGAAUUGAUCUUUGGGGAAUCAGAAAUCACCACUGGUGCAGCAGGGGACUUGCAACAGGUUACUCAAAUAGCAAGACAGAUGGUAACAAUGUUUGGCAUGUCGGAGAUUGGGCCAUGGGCAUUGACUGAUCCAGCAGUGCAGAGUGGUGAUGUAGUACUGAGGAUGCUAGCAAGAAACUCCAUGUCGGAAAAACUUGCUGAAGACAUCGAUACAUCAGUAAGAAAUAUCAUUGAAAGUGCAUAUGAAGUUGCUAAAACUCAUAUAAGGAAUAAUAGGGAGGCAAUUGAUAAACUAGUGGAGGUGCUAUUAGAGAAGGAGACCCUCACAGGAGAUGAAUUCAGAGCCAUCCUAUCAGAAUUUACAGACAUUUCUUCAGAUAAAAUGAACGUAAAACCUCAACAAUGCCUCUCUCUCCUGAACCUCUGCUCCUCCAUGAAACAUCUCUUUCAAAUUCGAGGACAUGGUUUCAUCGCAGGUCCCCUCCUCCGGUUCUGUGCUUCUUCUCCCUUAGGAAACCUGAACCACGCCAGAGUCCUUCUCAGCCGCUCCGAGAAAUCGGAGGUUUCUUCAUGGAACGAUCUCAUCAGAAGCUAUGCUACCAGGGAUUCUCCGAGGGAAGCUAUUGGGGCUUAUCUUGAAAUGCGAAGCUUGGGAAUUAGUCCCGAUAAGCUCACCUUCCCGAUCCUCCUCAAGGCGUGCGCUGCGAUUUCAGCGUUCAAUGAAGGGAGGAAGAUUCAGGUGGAUGUAGUGAAGCAUGGUUUGGACUGUAAUGUCUAUGUUCAGAAUACUAUGAUUCAUUUUUAUGGGUCUUGCAAGAGGAUUCGGGACGCACGGAGGAUGUUCGACGAAAUGUCUUAUAGAACUGUUGUUUCUUGGAAUGCUGUGCUCUCGGCUUGUGUUGAUAAUGAGUGGCUGAACGAUUCAUUUGGGAUUUUUGUAAAGAUGAGGGGUUCUGGAUUUGAUCCUGAUGAGACCACAAUGGUGAUUCUGCUAUCUGCGUGCUCCGAGCUUGGGAACUUGAGUUUUGGGAGAUGGGUUCAUUCCCAAGUGAUUGAAAAGGGGAUGGUUGUGAAUUGUCGACUGGGUACGGCACUUGUUGACAUGUAUGCCAAGUGUGGGGCAGUGUGUGAAGCUAGUCUAGUGUUUCAUAGGAUGCUUGAGAGAAAUGUAUGGACAUGGAGUGCGAUGAUUCUCGGGCUAGCUCAGCAUGGUUUUGCCAAGGAAGCCCUAGAACUUUUUCCCAAGAUGAAGCAAUCUUCAAUAUCCCCAAAUUAUGUGACCUUUCUUGGAGUCCUCUGUGCUUGUAGCCAUGCUGGGCUGGUCGAUGAUGGGUACAGAUUCUUUCAUGACAUGGAAUAUGUGCAUGGCAUUGAACCCAUGAUGAUACACUAUGGUGCCAUGGUGGAUAUCUUGAGCCGUGCUGGUCGUCUGAAAGAGGCUUACAACUUCAUCUUGAACAUGCCUGUUGAGGCCGACCCAGUUGUAUGGAGGACGUUGCUCAGUGCAUGCACCAUUCAUGGCAUCAAUGACAAUGAUGGGGUCGGUGAUAAGGUCAGAAAACGGUUACUUGAAUUGGAGCCGAGGAGAAGCGGGAAUUUUGUGAUGGUUGCAAAUAUGUAUGCUGAAGUUGGGAAGUGGGACAAGGCAGCAAAUGUGAGGAGGACUAUGAAAGACAGAGGGUUGAAGAAGAUGGCUGGGGAGAGCUGCAUUGAGGUAGGUGGAUCCAUCCAUAGGUUCUUUUCAGGGGAUGAUCCUCAACUUGAUUGUGAGGAUGUCCUUCAGUUACUAGAUGGAUUAAACCUACAUAUGAAGACGGUUAGCAACUUGUAAUUUGUACUUGGAGACUCUCUCCUUGCCUCUACAAUGUACAAGAUGCUGUAAUACAAGCACUCACAUAUUCAUUGAAAUGCUCCAUUCUUUC